GGCUCUGAAACAAGUCGCUGGGGCGGGGCGUGAGUGGACCCGGUUCCUGAGCGCUUCCUAUAGGCCAGGCGCCGGGCCAACUCGGCUCAAGUGCAGAUGAUGGGAGGAGGGACGUUGAGAAAUACCGCCAGGGCCGGCAGCUCCAAGUGAUGGGAUCCACCCACUAAGUUUUUGUACUCUCGCGCCUUGCGAGCCCAGCGCAGCCCGCCGGGGCUCCCCGCGAAUAAGGGGCGGGGCUCGCAGCCUGCCGCCCGCAGCACUGCGGGGUCAGACCCUGGACCCAGACACCGUGUCGCCAGCCCGGGUGCCCGGCGGAAAGGGGCAGGGCCGGACCCCAGCGCAGCGCCCAGCCGCGGCGCCUCUCACCUGCCCUCCCGCGCCUCGCACCCCCGCAGGAAGUGCGGGCCUCGGUGCAGAGCGGAGAAACUGCCGGAGAUCGGGGAGAGCAGAGUACAGAGGGGAGAGGCGGCGACCAGAGGGUGGGGAGCUACGGUUCCUGUCAUGUGACCCCCUCCCCUCGACUCUCGCAGCCCUGCCCGGCGUGGCGGGAGACGGUCGGAGGACGGUCUCCUCCGGGCGCUUGGUCUCUGGACUCCAGGAUUUCUCUUCAUUACUGACCAUGCCAGGGCCAAGACUGUGAGGCUCCCUCAACAACCGCCCCACAUCUCUCCCAGGCGUUGCCGCCCCAACUUCCACCCCACCGCAGAGAUGCAGAGGCAGUGGUCGCUGCAGGCCCCGGGGGAGCCAGAAGCCGAGCCAGGGGGCGAGGAGCUAUGUGAGCAGGAGAUGGAGAGGCUGUGCCUCUCCCAGCAGCCGGUGCGGGUGCUGCCGUACGCCAUGGUGGACAAGCGCUUUAUCCGGCAGCUACGGGAGCCCGAGGGGGUGAAGACCUCCUGCUGGCAGCAGUGGCGUCGCAGGCGGCAGACUGUGGGCCGGCGACUCGGGGAGGCAGCUCGGCGGCUGACCCGGGGCUGUGGGCUCUGGGAGGGGGCUCUCUACGAGAUCGGCGGCCUCUUUGGCACUGGAAUCCAGUCCUAUUUCACCUUCCUUCGCUUCCUGCUGCUACUUAACCUGCUGAUCCUGCUUCUGACCAGCGGCUUCGUCCUGCUGCCCCUGGUCUGGCUCCGGCCCCCUGACCCAGGACCGGCUCUGAACUUCACUCUCCAGUGUCCUGGUAGUGGCCACCUUCCCCAGCCCGGUGUUUCCAAGUUCAACAAUCUUCUCUGGAAUGUUUUUACCGGCAGGGCCUUCAACAACACCUAUCUCUUUUAUGGAGCGUACCGGGCGGGGCCCGAGAGCAGCUCGACUUACAGUAUCCGCCUGGCCUACCUCCUGAGCCCACUGGCAUGCCUGCUCCUCUGCUUCUGUGGGAUUCUGCGGAGGAUGGUGAAGGGGCUGCCACAGAAGAUGUUCCUGGGCCAGGACUACCGGUCGCCUCUCAGUGCAAAGGUCUUCUCCUCCUGGGACUUUUGCAUCCGGGGCCAGGAGGCCGCCACCAUAAAGAGACAUGAGAUCAGCAAUGAAUUCAAGAUGGAGCUGGAGGAGGGGUGUCACUUGCUGCUGCUGCAGCAGCAGACCCGGGCUCAGAGGGCCUGCCACCUGCUCACUUACCUGCGGGUCAACAUCCUCAUCGGGCUGCUGGUGGUUGGAGCCAUCAGCGCCAUCUUCUGGGCCACCAAGUACUCGCAGGACAACAAGGAGGAGUCCUUGUUUCUGCUGCUCCAGUACCUUCCCCCUGGGGUCAUCGCCCUGGUCAACUUUCUGGGUCCCCUGCUGUUCGUUUUCCUGGUCCAGCUGGAGAACUACCCUCCCAACACUGAGGUCAACCUCACCCUUAUCUGGUGCGUGGUGCUCAAGCUGGCCAGCCUGGGAAUGUUCUCCUUCUCGCUGGGCCAGACUGUGCUGUGCAUCGGCAGAAACAAGACCAGCUGUGAGUCCUACGGCUACAACGCCUGUGACUACCAGUGCUGGGAGAAUUCGGUGGGGGAGGAGCUGUACAAACUCAGCAUCUUCAACUUCCUCCUCACGGUGGCCUUCGCCUUCCUUGUCAGCCUGCCUAGGAGGAUGUUGGUCGAGCGGUUCUCUGGCCGCUUCUGGGCUUGGCUGGACCGAGAGGAGUUCCUGGUGCCCAAGAACGUGCUGGACAUCGUGGAAGGGCAGACGGUCACCUGGAUGGGCCUCUUCUACUGCCCCCUGCUGCCCCUGCUCAACAGCGUCUUCAUCUUCCUCACCUUCUACAUCAAGAAGUACACCCUGCUGAGGAACUCCAGGGCAUCUCCUCGGCGAUUCCGCGCCUCCAGCUCCAUCUUCUUCUUCCAGCUGGUACUCCUCCUGGGCCUGCUCCUGGCUGCUGUGCCCCUGGGCUAUGUGGUCAGCAGCAUCCGCUCUUCCUGGGACUGUGGCCUCUUCGCCAACUACUUGGCCCCCUGGCAGGUGGUCCCUGAGCUAGUGGCCCUCUGGCUCCCACCCCCCAGCCAGCGCAUCCUCUACUACCUCGGCUCCCACGCCUUCAGCUUCCCGCUUCUCAUCCUGCUCAGCCUUGUCCUGACCGUGUGCAUCUCCCAGUCCCAGGCCAGUUCCAGAGCCAUCCGGAGACUGCGGAAGCAGCUGGUGUGGCAAGUCCAGGAGAAGUGGCACCUGGUGGAUGACCUGUCGCGGCUGCUACCGGAGCCGGGCUCCGGCGACUCUCUGGGGCCUGAGUCCCCUGUGUCCCGAGGAUCGCGCCCGAGAUCCUUCUGCCCCGGAUUUCCGUGCCCGGGCUCCCCGGGACCCAGGCCCCGCCGGCCAGGAUCCUCCCUUGAAGAUCCCCGGGUUGCGCGGUGUCUCAGUCCCCGCCCAUAGAUUCCGCUUCUCCAGCGGUUGGGAGCUGUAGCACUUAGCCCCCCCACCACCACAGCCCAGAACUUCGCCAGGCCCCCACGUGCAGCACCCCCACCUCCUACCCCCUCGUCCCAUGCUCCUGAUCCCUGGUUCCCUCUCAGUGGACCCUCCAACAGGGUGUCCUAAGGUGGGGUGCAUACACCCAGGGACAGCAGGAAGAAAAUAUGGGAACUUGUAUUUAUAUUUUUAUCUCUGUCCUUUGAAGUUUUCUAUUUUUGUUAAAGUUUUAUAAUAUACAUAAUGUAUUAGCAUAGCGA